AUGGCAGCCAAUGUGACAGGAUCCGGGGCUCUACCCAUACUGGGUGCGGCACAUGUGCCUCCAGUGACUAUGUAUCAAGUUUUGCUCGUGGUGUUCCUAGGAUAUCUAGCCGUGAACAGAUAUCAGUACUGGGCGAGGACGCCAAAAGUAAUGCCUCUAGGUUUUGCGCCACUGCCCUUCAUUGGGCCCUGGAUUGGCGCCGUCAGGAUCUUACGGAACCCUAACAAAUUGGUACGCGAGGGAAUGGCGAAGUCUAAGAACGGCCUUUUGCGGAUAGCGACGAUACAAGGGGAAUAUGUCUUGGUGACAGACAGACACAAGGUUGCCGAAUACCUGAAAGCGCCCGAUAGUGUUCUAAACGCCCAGGACGGAUCCAACGAUCGUCUUGCACUGCAGCAACAGCAAAUCCCCUUUACGAUGGGUUAUGGAAUUGGCCACCGUACCUACCACACUGCUGUUGUUCGAGGCCCCAUAACUCAAAGCAUCAAUGCUUGGACUCCGCUCCUAGACGACGAGUGUGGCCUUGCCUUUGAUGACUUGAUCCGUUGUUCAGUCGACUAUGAACCAAUCUCACUUUACGACACCAUAGCUAUCACAGUAGGGCGCAUGGCUAACAGGAUCUAUGUUGGCACUGAAUUCUGUCGAAAUGAAGAAUAUCUCACGAACGCGGCUGAUUACGCUCAAGCUGUAGUUAUCACAGCAGAGCUGAUCAGACCUUUCCCUGACUGGCUUAAGCAUAUCUUGAUACGAUUCAUGCCAGUCAUGCGCCAUCGCAAGAAGGGAGAGAGCUUCCUCCGGACCUUCAUUCAAGAAAGAUUAGACGGAAAGCUAGACGAAUUCGGGCAAAAGCCCACUGACCUCGUCCAGAGACUCAUUGAUGCUGCGCCUCCCAUUGAGAAGACCGUCCCGCAGCUUGCAGAGCGGGUUAUGGCUCUCAAUGUAGCCUCGAUACACACAACCACUAUGACAUUUACCAGCGCCUUGUAUAGCCUAGCUGCGGAGCCCGAGAAGUAUGCGGAAGUUCUACGAAACGAAGUAUUGGAGCACCUCGAAGACGGACAGAUCACUGCGGGAACGCUCGCGAGUCUUCCAAAGAUGGACAGCUUUCUGAGAGAAUCUGGGAGGUUCAACAAUGCAGGGCUAAUGGCGAUGCAAAGGAAUGCAAGGAAAGAGUUCAAGUUCAGUGACGGCACUGUAAUUCCACCAGGCGCAAAGGUCGGCGCCGUCACACUGGCUCUUCAGCGGGAUCCCGAGGUUUUCGAGAACCCGGAUGUGUUCGACGGCUUUCGUUUCUACCAAGCAGAGCCGUCAGAAACCAAGCCGAGCACCAUGGUCAAUACUGGCACCAACUUCCACCUCUUUGGCCACGGACGGCAUCCAUGCCCUGGACGAUUUCUCGCGGUCCACGAGAUGAAGAUCAUGUUUGCGAAGCUUCUAUUGAGAUACGACUGGAAACUUGCACCGGGUACGAAACCGGAGCCCUUCUUCAUCGCCACUAUGCCUGGGACGCUCCCGAGAGUAUCGAACCCGAAGUCACUGGAUUUGAGAUUGGCCGAGUCCGCUCGUAUCGUCAGUCGGACCUGGAAUUGCGGGAAUGAAUCGGGGCUCAAUGCUGCGUGCGGCAUCAAGAAGAUCUCAUCCGAAGAGCCGCACAGGCUCCUGGAGAGCCCAAGAUCGAACCUGUCUCCGGGUCCUCCCCAGGGGUUGGAUGUAUCGAGCUUAGAAUUGCUGCACAACUUUACGACGAGCACGUUCGCCACUCUUUCCGAAAGCCUCAUCCUGCGAGACUUCUACCGGAUCACCGCCGUACAGCUUGGUCUACAAUGCGAGUACGUCAUGAGGACGCUGUUGGCGGUGUCGGCGUUGCAUCUCGCCUAUCACCGCCCCGGCAUGCGAGACCACUACCAGUCGCUUGGGAUGGCACAUCACCAGGUCGCGACAAGAGAUGCCAUGGCGGUAAUGGCCGACCCAAGUCCUGCUACAGCAGAGACACUCUUCCUCUUCUCCUCUGUCACCAUCCACUUCGCCCUCGCGUGUCCACGAAAAAAUGAUGGCCCUCUGUUUAUCGAAGAGAGCGGGUUCCCCGAGUGGAUGUUCCUACUCCAGGGCACACGCGCCUUUAUGCGUAUCACAGGCACUCAAAGCAGUGGCCUAAUAACUCCCCUUCUUAGCCACGGUACCGAUCGUUGGCUGGCCCGACAAUCCAACCCCGAGCCGACGUCACGCGUUCAUCAGUACCUGGACAGUAUGCGUUCUUUGAUUUCGCUACGCCAGUCCGACGUGGAGUUGCGCAACAUCUACAUUCGGGCCAUUGAUGAGCUGCAAAAGUCGUUUUCCGUAUUCGAAGGCGCAGGAAGCGAGCACUGCGACUUGACCGAUGCGUUCGUGUGGAUCUUCGAAGUUGCCGAAGACUUGCUCCCGUUACUAAGAGUGCCAACUCAGGAGGCCGUCGCUGUGUUUGCCUUCUUUGCCGUGCUGUUGAAACGACUAGAGAAGCACUGGUACCUGCGAGGUUGGGCUGACCACCUGAUCGCCAAAUCAUACGACCUGCUGGACGAGGAACACCGACUUUGGAUACAAUGGCCACUGGAGGAAACAGGUUGGAUUCCUUCAGGCCGGCCGUGA